AUGGUGCUCUCACACGCUCGCGAAUUUGUCUGGAAAUGGCGAUGCAAGCUCCGACCCUACCGUGAGCUGGACAUCAAUGUGCCCCUACCCGAGGCAGAGAUCCCCAGCGACGAAAAGAAGAAGCCUUCGCUCAAGGAGCCAGCCACGUCUCCGGAGAAGGACCCCAACUUUGGUGCAGAUGCCAGCGUCAAGACCUUCUUCGAGGGGCCCAAGUCGCUGCCCGGCAUAUACGACUGGGUCGACUACCCGCCUCGACAGCUCUCCAAGUCUGCCGCGCGAGUCCACGAUCGUGUGGCCAUCAAGAUCUACAAGGUCAAGGACAAGGCCAAGCCGGCCAUCUCUGGCUGCGCUCCGUUGAAAUACUACCAGAUCGAGGUUCAGAACCCGUUGCUCAUUGCCGCGCUCACGCCGAUUGUGAAGAAGGAGAACAUGAUCCUGGCGGCGAAUUGCCCGGCAACCUUCGACUGUCCCUCUCGCGCGUUGUGGUUUGGUCAAGACGAGAUCAAAGCGACAUAUCAAAGUCUUGAGGAUUCGAGUGCUCUGAAGAACCCCCUUCAGUUAUUUAUUCGUGUGAUGGACGAUAUGUUCGCCGAGCUCAAGGUGAAGCAGAUGCAAAUCAAGAGCACCGGAUUGGUCGACUUCAAAACCGCCUGGACCUUAUUCCCUAAAGGGUCGAGCGUCUACAGCUACUCUAUCAAUUCGGAAGUCUUGAUCAAGGUGGAGAGCACUGUCAUGAUGGGGGGCAAGCUCCUGAUCAAGGGCAAGGCACUCACCUUCAACGGGAGAGAGUAUGUUUGGGAGGAUAGAGUCUUGCCCCUCCCCUACUUCAAUGGGUACAAACCAAUCGCUGAACUUCCUCAUUGCCCUCUGGAGUGGCUACCGGAUGCCGCCAAGAUCAAGGCGCGAUGUAUCGCUCGAGGCAAGAAGCUGCUGGGCUUCCAAGGCAUUCGCUACUGCUGCUACAACGGUCUGGGCAUACAGACCUGCGGAGAUAAAGCCAAGAGACACAAUGUCGAAGGCCGUGUGCUCAUUGAUGUGGUGGGAUACAACAGGUUCCUCCUAUCGCAGGGCAGUCGCGAGACGGAAGAUCCAGAAACGGCGAGGAACAGAGUAAUCAAACUGGGAGGCUAUGCGUCUUCAGAGUUUGAAGAGAAGGAAGAGGAGAAGCCCAAGACUAAUCCUAACCGCACCCUCACUACGGCGGAGCAGCAGAAAAACAAGUAUGCCAUGCUGGGCCGGGAGGAAGAUUUGGCAUUUGCGACCAACCUGGUUGAGGGAUUCGCUCUGCGAAACAAAGAAUGGCUUCUCUUCUAUAUCGAAGAUAUUGAGCCAAUGGUAUGGAACGAGAAAGCGUUCACGCAUCUGGUGUACGAUGCGGGCCAGAAAGACCUCGUCCUCUCCUUUGUAGAGAACCACGUGUCCAACGCCAACUAUGAAGAUGGCAGCGCAGCGAUGGCGGUAGAGGAUGUCAUUGUCGGCAAGGGCCAAGGUCUGAUCACUCUGCUCUCCGGUCCACCCGGCACUGGCAAAACUCUCACUGCCGAGGCCGUGGCCGAUCGUGCGAAGCGGCCCCUCUAUCACCUACAUGCGGAGGAUCUCGGAAUCAGCGCUGCCAGCUUGGGUGAGAAUCUGAAGCGCGUGUUCGAUAUGGCCAUUCACUGGGGUGCAGUUGUUCUCCUUGAUGAGGCUGAUGUCUUUAUGGCGGAACGCAACCCCAACGAUAUUCAUCGCAACGAGCUCGUCAGUAUCUUUUUGCGAGAGCUGGAGUACUUCCGUGGUAUACUCUUCUUGACCACCAAUCUGUACCAUACCAUCGACACAGCGUUCCGCAGCCGGGUCAAUUUGCAUCUUGUAUUUCCCGCGCUGUCGAGAGAGUCUCGCGCCUCCGUGUGGCGCAACUUCAUCCAACGUCUUCCGCCAACUACUGCCAAGAAGGGAGAAGGUUCAGAAGAGAGUGUGACUGAAGUAGAGGAGGAAGAGAAUCUGGCAGAUACGGCUGCGCCACUGUCCACUGAGCGACCUAUCGACGACGAUGAUAUCAAGGAAUUAUCUCUGUGGCAACUGAAUGGUAGAGAGAUCAAGAACUCGGUCAAGAUGUCGCACAGUUGGUGCACAAACAAAGGAUAUCUCUUGACUCUGGAUAGGGCCCAGAGUGGGAUCAAGGUGACGGCACCAAAUGCAGCCAAGGAAGGAGAUGUAGAUCCUGACCUCUACGACUAG